GGGCAGCGUUGCCAACGUAAGGAAAUGGAAGUGUUAAACUUGCAUGAAAGUGCUGCUCCUCCUGAUGAAAGUGAUGGUUGUGGAUUGAAUCAGCAGAGAAAGAGUGGGGACCUUGAUAACCAGCAAUCUGCCACUAAGAAGAAUGAAGAAUAUUAUUCGGAACAGUUAAGAAGAAAGGAAAAGCAAUAUCAUAAAGAAGUAGAAGUGAAACAACUUGAAGUGACACAUAGAACACUAGAAAUGGAUGCGAGGACUUCAGAAAACAAUUUGACCCAGGUUUCACCGGAUGAUGGAAGAAGUUGUUGUAUGAACUCAAAAAUGGAAAUCCAGAAAUUGAAGAAGGAAUUAAGUGACCUGAGGAGACAAGUUUCACCGCAUAAUGUAGGAUGUUGUUGCAUGAACUCAAAAAUUGAAAUCCAGCAUUUGAAGAAGGAAUUAAGUGACCUCAGGAGACAAUUGCAGACAUUGGAACACACCAGAAAGCAUGCUGCUCAGGAAGAAUGGGAUAGAGAACUGGAGGAACCCAGCCAACUCCACGUGCAAGUGGGAGAAACCUUAACUUGCAACCUGAAUAAGGCGCAUGAGAAAUCAACGGUGGUCAGAACUGAAUUUCUUGAGGAGACACAGAGGAAUGAAUCUUUACCCAGCACUAGUACUAUGAGGCCUGCUCUACCGUCAUCCAGUGUCGGGAAUGUUCAUGGUGGAUUAAUGUGCGAAGGAAACUUUGUCCCACAAAGAAACUUGAGAAUACCUACCUCACAGCUACAGCUUUCACGUAAUCGCACACUGGACUCCUCAUGCAUGAAAAAAGCAUCAUGUCAAAAAAGUUCAGAGUAUCUAAUGGAGAGCGAUGACAUUUCAAAAAGUAUACAAAAAGAACACAGAAUCCAUGCUGGGAUAUCUAAACUCUCCAAAAUGAAAGCUCCUCAGGAAUAUAAGCAACUCCUUCUAGAGGGAUUUGAAGCGUUGAUAAGCAAACAAGAUGAGGUCAUUCAGGUUGCAGAAGCUUUUUCAAAGCAAGUGAAUGAAGCUAAGGAAGUGUUAGCAGAGGUCAGAACUAAAAAUUUUCUCCUGGAGAAACAACAGACUGGAACAUUAACCAAGUCUGUUACUACGCAAACUUCGGUAGCGUCACAUAGCGUUGGAAGUUGUGCUAAUAGUUUCUGGCUCAGCAGAGAUCUUACUCCACAACAAAACUUGGAGACUCCUACUUCAGCAACUCAGGCUUCACAUCACAACACGGCAGAGUCUUUGGACACGGUUCAGGAAAACUGUUCCUGUGAUUUCAGUGGUUUACUGUAUUUUGUUGUGUGCCUACUGCCUGUAAGAAGUCUACAGAAGUACAAUUCUCAGCAGGAUAAUGCCUGGCACUUUGAGAUGAUGAUUGGAACCUACAGAAUAAACAAAACUAAGUUUAACAAUGGACUCCAGGUUACAGAUUGGGAACUCUUCAUGUAUCAAAACAGCUUCACAGGACAGGAAAAUCAAAGGUUGGAUAUGAAGUAGUAACUCUACCAGAAACUUCAGAAUCAAUAGCACUGCCACAAGGGAGAGGAAUGCUAGUGUGGCAUCAUUGUGGAAUGAGGAGGCACCUGCAAGAUAAAGCUGUGCAAAGAUAAAUUGGGCCAGAAUCCAUCAUGGUUCACUUCACAUGCAGCUGUCCAUAUUCUUUGAUCCUCUAUUCCUGAUUCCUCCUUCCUUGUAGCCUCCUUUAAAAUCCCCAAAUCAUCCUCUUUCAAGCAGAGUGGCAAAUCCUGGGACAGAAG